GGGGUCUCAAACUCCGAACUCUUUAGAGCUACAGCUGCCGCCCUCAGACGACGGGGUAGCAUCACCACUUUCCAGUGGGUGAAGGGCCACAGCGGGAUCGAAGGCAACGAGGGCGCAGACCGCCUUGCCAGAGCGGGCGCAGAAGCAGAUGCAGACCCGGAACUAAGGAUUCGCAUCCCCCCGCGUUUCAAUCUAACAGGCGCAAAGUUAACAACAGCCACCCAGGCGAUACUGACCCAGGAGAUUAAACGACGAUACAAAAAACCCCAGAAGACGGCAACGACAGUCAACCUCGAUAUUGGGAGGUGGGCGGCGCACGACCAUCUCCGUGCCGGCCUCCCCACAGACGCGAGAAUCUUCAAAUCCAUCCGGAGCAAGAACCUCACGAAGAAGGAAAGAAUUUUCCUGUAUCGCACUGUACACAAUGGUUACAAGAUCGGAAAGUACUGGGAAAACAUACCAGGCUACGAACUGCGUGGCCGCUGCUCCAUGUGCGACGGUGAUGAAGAAUCCAUGCGACACAUUUUAGAAGAAUGCCAAGCCCCAGAGCGAGAGAAAAUAUGGAGCCUGGCGAGAGAGCUCUGCGCGAAGAAAGGGAUAGCUUGGCCCCAGAUAACGAUAGGCACGGUCUUAGCAAGUGGCCUAGCAAACUUCAAAACUGAACGGGGCAAACGGCGUCCAGGGGCGAACCGUUUCUUCCAGAUCCUAGUAACGAGCUCUGCACACCUUAUCUGGGUACUGAGGUGUGAAAGAAGGAUCACAAAGGAAGACGGAGAGAACUUCUCAGAGCAGGAGAUCCACGACAGGUGGGUAGCGCGCAUGAACACCCGCCUAGACCUAGACAGAGUGGCUACGAACAGACGACGCUUCGGAACAAAAGCGCUGAGACCGAGUAUCGUUCUCCAGACCUGGGGCGGUACGCUCUUGAACGAGAAAAAUCUGCCGGAGGACUGGCUCCGGCAGUCUGGGGUUUUAGUGGGUAUACUUCCUUGGAGACCAGGGAGGAACCGUUGA